CUCUUUAAAAAAAAAUGUCUACUCCCCAUCCAAUCCACCAAGCAAAUGAAAACAGCCCAUAUGGAGAUCUCACAAGAGAAGAAUUCUACAAGAAACAUCAAAUAAUUCACAAGCAAAGCUUCAUGAUCAACAACAAAAACAUGAAGAUUUACACUCAAUCAUGGCAGCCAGCUGAUUAUUCACCAUCAAAACUCAAAGGGCUCGUAGCCAUGGUCCAUGGCUAUUGCUCGGAAAGCAGCUGGCUGUUUGAGCUCAACGCCGUCGCCGUCGCGAAAUUCGGCUACUUUGUUUGCGCUCUUGAUCUCCAAGGCCAUGGUUACUCGCAAGGCUCACCCGGGCUAAUCUCUGAUUUUCGAUCUUUGGUCUCGGAUGCUAUCCAGUUCUUCGAUUCAAAACGUGAAGAGUAUCCAAAACUGCCCGCUUUUCUCUAUGGCGAAUCGAUGGGAGGCGCGAUUUGCAUCAUGAUUUGUGUAAGGCAAAAGAAUGAAUGGAGCGGACUCAUUUUGAGCGGUCCAAUGUGCGGCGUUUCGAAAAAGAUGUUGCCAGUUUGGCCAUUGGAGAAACUCUUGCCUAUUGCGGCUUUUAUUGCACCUUCAUGGAGGGUAAGCUGCACAAAGCCACCGACAAGGGGUUCAUACAAAGAAGGAUGGAAGAAGAAAUUGGUCGGAAAAAGCCCGAAUCGGGUGGCGAACCGGAAGCCGCCGGCGAUCACGGCACAAGAGCUGAUGAAAGCUUGUAGGUAUAUUCAGAGAAAGUGCCAUGAGUUGGAGGUGCCCUUGUUGAUUUUGCACGGUGGAGAUGAUACAGUUUGUGACCCUGAAGCGGCUAUGAAUGUGUUUGAAGCUGUUGGGAGUAAAGAUAAGUGUAUGAAGGUGUUUCCAGGGAUGUGGCAUCAGUUGAUUGGGGAACCUAAUGAGAGCGUGGAUUUAGUUUUUGGGAUCAUGAUUUCUUGGAUUGAGGUGAGAGCUGCUUGUAAGAUGGUGAAAAUCAUGAAUUAGUAGUUCGAAUUUAUACAAUCAUUCUGAUCUCUUUCUUUUUACAAAUUCUAUAUAUAGAUAUUCUCGUAACAAAAUUAUUAUCAAAUUUGGAUUGUUACUUUCAUUAGAUUGAAUAAUAAGUGAAAAUUCAAACUGGACAAUUAUUUGACAGCAGAGGGAGUAUGCAUUUUAUAUAAUGAUUCAUAUUGAUGUUAAUUAUUUAAAAGGUUAAAAUAUGUAUAUUUCAUAAAUUGUUCUUCCGUUUUUCGGAGAAAUGAAAAGGAAUUGCUGGU